AAAUCCUUGGCAUCACUAUACACAUCUAUAUAUAUAGACUAGCUAGGUAGGGGAAGCCAAAUCAUCUUUAUCAAUCUGUGCUAAGCUUUCAGUUGAUUAUAAGCUACUUCGUUUCUUGGUAUAACUUUCACUAGCUAGGAAAAUAUGGCCUCUCUAAAGGGUAAGUUGGAGACUGAAAUAGAGAUUAAGGCAGAUCCUCAGAAGUUCUACGAAAUCUUUAAGAAACAAGCCCACCAAGUUCCCAACGCCACUCCUGACCAUAUACAGGCAGUUGAGGUGCAUGAAGGUGAUUGGGAGACACAUGGCUCCAUCAAGCUCUGGAAAUACACUGUUGAGGGGAAUGCCGAGGUUUUCAAAGAGAAGGUUGAGUUUGAUGAUGCAAGCAAGACAGUAACUCUUGUUGUUUCCAGAUUUGCAGCAUAUUUCGGCGAAUCACGUCUCCAACCACUGUCUAGGCCAUCUGAACUUUCUGAAAUAGACAUCAAUUUCUUUGCUUUUCCAUCAAUGCUACAAGCUCAUUCCUAA